AUGAAGCAUUCUGGACUACACACAUCACAGGCAUCAAGUGCUAAACUCAAGAACCCGACAAGUGCGGCAACUACUGUCUAUCAGUACGCUAUUCUUCUAUAUCUUGCACUCAGCUACAUAUUGCAAGAUGACGCACAGCAUGCUCAGCCCAACAAAAAGAAACCCCGAGAUCAGUGUCGAACAUCUAGCCCACAUACAUCCCCUCAGAUCCCUACCCCAGCGCGAACCUACCAGACCGCAUCAGCUCAUGUCAAAGGUACCAGGCAAAACGAGCGAUACAGUUCGUGGCAAGCUUCCCCGAAACCUUCUCAGACUAGGAGUCCAGACCAGGCGCGCUCUCGUCUACACACGCCAAGGCGGGACGAUCAUCCACAUGGUCCUGUCAAAGCUCAAGUUACAAAUGCAGGACUGGCCAUUUCAAGGGUACAAAUGAGCGAGGCCUGGACGUGCAUGAGAGCCGUCUCCUGCAUGCCGAUCAAACCUUCCAAUUCGAACAGCGAACAGGACCAAGGCAAGAGGCGAGUGAAGAAGGUGCGAUGGGGCGUCGUACAGACCCGCGAGUUCGAGCCAGAGGCUGAAGCUGAUGAAGCCACGACCAGCGAGCAUGAACACAGCAGUGACCGAACAAAUGCGCGACCUGACAAUGCGAGCGAUACCGAAAUGCGAGGGUGA